AUGAGAGGAGCAGCCAGGAAAGAGCCGGAGGAGGAGACCCCCCACAUGGGAGGGGCAGCCAGGCAAGAGGCGGAGGAGGAUACUACCCCCCUUAUCAGCACCAACGCGGAUGAUGUUGGCAGCUCCCACAGCAGCGAUGACUCAAGUGACUGCCGAUCCCUCAGCAGCGAGGCCCCCUCCGACAUCGACAUCGACAUUUACAACGAGCGGAACGAGCCCAUAGAGCGUCACUACGAAAACAUUAACAGCAUGUACGACUACUACCUGCGCACCACUCGCAAGUGCAGGAAUCUGUUCAAGAGCUACGACCCGCGUCUGGGGGAGGGCGAGCACGGGUGGCUCUUUGGCAAGUGCUACGGGAACUGCAGCUCCGACUCGAACUCGAGCAACGACGAGAGGUACUUGAAGCGGCGGGGCGGGCGCAAGAGGAAGAAGUACCUUAACGAGCACGCCCCGGGUAGCGUGGACGACGUGCUGCAAAGCGUGAGUUACUACAACGAUGUCGCCCACCUGGAUGAGCCCCCCAAGGAGAGAAGAACCGCCGCCACCCACCCAGAAGCGCAGCUGAGGAUAAACCUGUUCGACUUCUACUUCAAAUACGAAAAGAACGUCAUGAGCCACCUAAACAACAAAGAGAACAAAUUCAGCCUCAUGGACGAGUGCCUCACCAAUACAGACCUCAUGAUAAAACAGAAGAAACACUUGUCGAUGCUUUACAACAUUGACAUCUUCAUGAAAAAUAAAAAGAGCGUUAUCAUAUCUGGUUGUAGUAACAUAGGGAAAACGCUUACUGUGGAUUAUUACCUAAACAAGGUGAUGUCAAAGGAUAAAUUUUUUACAGUCGAUUUUUACUUCUCGUAUAGUACCACGAGUAACCAUGUGAGGAAUUACAUCGAGUCGAAGUUAACCAAACGGAGGAGCAACUUUUAUGGCACGACGAAUAACAGGAUCUGCAUUUUUUAUAUUGAUGACAUAAACAUAGAAACGGAAGUGGGUUCCAUAAAGAGGAGUCAUUACUUAUCCUCCCAUGAAUUUUUACGUAUGCUCUUUAAUUAUAAAUUUUUUAUAGAUCAAAAUUUAGGAGUGAAAUAUAUUGAAGACUUGACCUGUCUAGCCACGAUGAACAACGCGUACACGAACACAACGCAUAGUGCAAGACUGUACAACAAUUUUAAUAUUAUGUAUUACAAUAAUUAUAAGUAUAAAGAACUUUUUGAUAUAUUUUUUUGCAGCCUGAAAAGUAUGUUUAGCAUUUAUGAUAUUAAUAUAAAAAGUUUGGCUAGCUACUUGGUAGAGAUGCAGAUCGAUAUCUACAAAGGAGUUAAAGGAAUGAAACACAAUUACUACCUGUACAAUGUAGAAGAAGAUCGAGAGGGAAAGGAAAUUUUUUUACACUCUUUUAAUAUAAAUAACAUGAGGGAUAUAUACAAAUGUGUAAAUUAUUUGUCUAAAAAUAUUAACAUUCGGAAGGAACAAAUGUUGCUAUAUUUUUUGUACGAAAAUAAGGCCCUUUAUGCAGAAAGUUUUUUUUCCAAAAAUGCUAAAAAAAAAUGUGAACAAAUUAUUAAGACAAAUUUUAGAAAAUACUUCCCUCAGGAGGAAUAUGAAAAGGUUGUCAGUCAGUAUGACAAUGGUCUCCUUUUUUGUAACUUUUUGAAUUUGUAUCAAAAUGUAUAUGAACAGGUCUCCGAUUUUAACGACCUCUACAAUUGUGUGUAUGGAUAUAUAUCAGAAUACAGCAACAGCGAAAAAAUUAAUAUUAUCCUCUUCGAUAAUGUCCUUAUUUAUAUUUGCAAAAUAACCAAAACGUUUAUGACUGAAAAUUCACACAUACUCUGUAUCGGUAUCAAUGAUGCUGUGAAAAAGAAAGUCAACAAAAUAUGCGCAUUUAUAAUUAACAAGGCGCUCGUAGUAUCUGAACUGAAUAAAAAUAGUAAGGCUUCUCAAUUUGUAGAAGAAAUUAAGAGAUGUCUCUUCGAUUGUGGAAUUUAUGAAAAACAGUGUGUUUACUAUCUCAAUGAUGAAAAUAGCAGUCUCGAUUUUGUCCUCGAAAAUUUAAACAACAUUUAUAACUAUGGAGAUAGCUACCUCCUCUACAAUGAGGAUAAUUUAAAGAAGAUAUACAGUGAGUGUAAGAAUAAAUGCGAGGAGGAGCAUGUGGUUAGGAACUUAAGCAAUAUUUAUAGCAUUUACAAGAAAACCAUUCGGAAGUGCUUUCACGUGAGUCUUAACAUUUCGGCCAGCAGCUCAGACGCCAUCCUCAAGUUUCCCUACAUCCUCAAGAAUUCUCGAAUCAUCUACUUCGAGGAGGACAACAACGAGGGUCUGCACGUCAUCACAAAGGAUUUCUUCAGAGACGCGGAGGCCAACCGGGUGGAGAAGCCCGCCAUGGGUGUGGAGAAGCCCACCGGGGGUGUGGACGACCCGGUUAAGGCGAUAGAAGACCCGGUUAAGGCUAUAGAAGACCCGAUUAAGGCUAUAAACGACUCGGUUAAGACUAUAGACGACCCGGUUAAGGCUAUAGACGACCCGGUUAAGACUAUAGACGACCCCACUUCCUCUACCGCUACCACCGCCCCCGCCGCUACCCCCGCCGCUGCCACCCCCGGCUGCGUCGUGCCCCCGCGGGCGCUGCCCUCCAUCGACCUCGAGGUGGUGAACCCGGACCAGGACCUCAAGUGCCUGGAAGGAGUCGUCAACGAAAAGGUGUUCAUCCGAAUCCACAAGGAAGUGAUUCACCUGGCGAAGAAGUACCAGGAGGAGAAGCAGGUGCACGUGUGUGUGAAUUCGAACAAGUAUGUCCACUUCCUCCACUACUUCGACCACUUUUACAACGUGAAGCGGAAAGAAUUCGACAUGAAUAUCGAUCUAUACAGAAAGGCGCUCAACAAACUACACAAAUGUGAGCAGGACAUAAAAACAAUGAAGAACUACCUACUCAACAUGCAACCAGUACUGAACAGCACAAACAUAGAAAUGAAAAAAAAGGUAAACCAAAUGGAGAGAGAGUCCAAGGAAGCAUACAUCAAACAAACGGAAAUAAAAAAAAAAGAAUGCGAAAUGAAGACAAAGAUAAAAAACAUAACCCAUUUAAAAAACGAAGUGAACGAAGAAAUAACCAAAAGUUUUGCUCUCCUUAAUGAUUCCCUAAACAAUUUAAACAAAUUAAAAGUAGAGCACCUCAGAGAGUUAAAAGCCUUUGUGAACCCACCAUCAAUUGUCGUCAUGGUCAUGCAGUGCAUCUUAACAUUUUUAAAGGAAGACGAAAAAUAUCUGCAAGGAAAAUUAAUCAGACCCAAAACACUCAACUAUUGGAUCUUAGCACAGAAAACGAUUUUUAGAGACUCUAAAGUGUUUCUGGAUAACUUGAAGAAUUACGAUAAAAAUUUAAUUGAAGAAGAAAUGAUCACAAAAAUUACGCCACUUAUUAAGAAUAAAAAUUUUAACCCCAAGUUUGUGAGAAAGGCAUCUAAGGCAUGCGAAACUAUGUGCCAAUGGAUCCUCGCUAUUUACCACUACUUCAUCAUUAACAAGGAGUUGAAACCAAAGAAGGAAGAAGUGAUGACUUUAGAAAACGAAAUAAACAAAGAGCUUAGCUACCUGGAUGCAUGCAAAGAAGAACUAAGCAUCGUCAACAAUAAUCUGUGUACUAUCGAAAAGGAGAAGGAGGAAAUUACCGUAAAGCAGAAACAACUAGUUGACAAAAUAGAAAACAUAAAACAGAAAAUUCAAAGAUCCAAAAUGAUCCUCUCCUGUCUUCUCGAGCAAGAAAUAAAAUGGAAUAACAAAAAAAACUUAAAAAAAAAAAGAGAUCUACUCAUCGGAGACUGCAUCAUCGUGUCAUCUCUCAUAAACUACAUGUCCUACUUUUCAUACGAAUACAGAAAGGUUAUUAAAUUAAAAGUGCAGGCAAUUCUAAACAGACACAACAUUAAAUAUACCAAAGAUAUUUCCAUUUAUAGCUUCUUGGAGUCCAAAAUUAACAUAGAGAAGUGGGUCUCCUAUGGACUGACAAACAGCAGGUUCUACUUCGAAAACAUCGUCAUCAUGAAUAACAGCAUUAAGUAUAACCUGCUCAUAGACCCGCAUUUCAUUGUCACCAAUUUUUUAAAAAAAAUGUAUCAUAAGAAGAGGGACGUGGAGAUCCUGCGAAAUAACAGCUCCAACUUCGUUGACAAAAUAGAAAGGUGCAUGCAGCUCGGGAACGUUAUUCUUUUCACGCACUACGAUGACGACUGCAGUGUGCUGUUCAACGCGCUCUUUAAUUACAAAAUUGGGAAAACUCUCCUCAGCUUUGGACGCGAGCGGGGCGGUGGCAAUGGCAACCAAGUUGCGCGGCACCGCCGAUCGGCUUCGGACGAGUGUCCCCCCCCGGAAAGCGGAAAAAUAAAAACAGAGGAAGGGGGGAAAUCAUCAGAGGGGGUGAAAAAAACAUCAGACGAAGCGACGGCACCAGGGGGAGUGAAAACAACAGACGAAGCGACGGCACCAGGGGGAGUGAAAACAACAGACGAAGCGACGGCACCAGGGGGAGUGAAAACGUCAGACGAAGCGACCCAUGGGGAUGAACCGAUUAAGGGGCGCGAACCCCCAGUGAGCGGCACGCUGACCCAAAACAACUGCGUCAACUUUAACAACAAAAUCAUCACAGUGGACAGCGCCUUCAAUAUCUACUUCAUCGUUUACGGAAACACCCAAUUCGAUGAUAACACACAAAACCAUCUCAAUAUAAUCGACUUUAACAUAAACCUAGACAUACUGGAGGAGUACUUCCUAACGAACCUCAUAGACAAGCUCUUCCGAGCCACCAAUGAAAAUAGAAGGGCACUUAUUCAUGAAAUCCAUGACCUGAACAAGCAAAUGGGAAAACAAGAGGAAGAAAUUUUACACAUAUUAAAUUACAAGGAGGACAUUCUAAGUGAUGAUGAUAUCGUCAUCAGUUUCGAGAGUGCUAAUAAAAUUUACUUGAAAAAUAAAAAAAAAAUGAAAGAGUACAAAAUGAAUAAGUUAGAAAUUACAAAAAUCAGAAAAAACUAUAUGAACAUGUCUGAACAUAUCUCCGUUAUUUAUCAUUGCAUUAAUAAUUUAGUGACUUUGGAUCCAAUGUACAAUUUUUCCAUUUUGUCCUUCGUGCAACUCUUAAGUAUUAGUAUUGAUAAAUCGGAGGAGAACAAACUGCUUGAUAAAAGAAAAAAAGAUAUACUAAAUAUUUUUACAAGAAAAAUUCAUUACGAGAUUGCGAGAACCCUCUCUGAGAAGCAUCAACAAAUUUUUUUUUUCUACCUUGUGUGCAUGAUAAAUAUAUACAAGGGCGAAAUAGACUACGACGAUUAUUACUUCUUCGUGUAUGAUGACUACCCUAAGGGGGAUGACAUUCGAAAUGAAGUUUUCCGAAAGGUGCAAUAUAAGCGGAACGAUAGGUCAAAUGGUGACAAGGUUUUGGGCAACACCACUGUAGUAAUGGACUCUUCUUCCAUUUUGAAGGAACCAUGUGAUGGUGGCAGAGGGGAAGAACUCUCCACUUCGGACGAUGACAUGGAUGAGCUCAGCGAACAGGAAGACCUCCAGACCCUGGUAGACGAUGUAUCUAUUCACAGCCUCGAGUCGGACGGAUGCGAUUCGCAGGAAGAGGAGGAAGAUUCGAAUAAUGCCCAGAAUAUCGCCUCGAACAGGACAAGGGGAGAACCGACUGCAACGAUAAGUGCUAGCCAUCUGGUGAGAGGCACCGUGGAGGAGUAUCUCCUACUCCCGAAGAGGAGCGAAAAGGACGACUUUUUGAAUUCCUGCGAGGGGAAUGUGCUGAUCCAGGGGGGCGCCGCAGAGGAGGGGCGUGCCACUGGUGGGUGUAUCUCCAAUGGCGGAUGCACCACUGGAGGAUGUACCACUGACGGAUGUACCUCCAACGGCGGAUGCACCUCCAAUGGCGGGGAGGCCCAAUUCACCUUCAACUUCGAAACGAAGAACCUGUGUUGGCUAAGCGCGAAGGAGUACAUGAGCGUGAAGAAGCUAAUCAGGAAGGAAAAAUAUCUUCUCUUCUUUAAAAAGGCCUUCAACGAGUAUGAACACUUAUUCAGAAGCAUCAAGACAGACCAUACGAUAUUGCAGCACAAGGACUUAAAGCAUCUCCUAACAAACUUUGAGAAAUUAAUUAUUUUUAAAAUUUUCCGUUUUGAUAUUCUCAAACUUAACAUGAACAAUUACGUAGAUGCAUGCUUGAACAUAGGCUCUCAGAGCUACGCGAAGGAUCUAUACAAGUGCUAUGAACACUCGUCUCAGAAUAAAUUAAUUCUCAUUUUGUCUGAACACCGGUUAAGCACAGCUAGCGAAAUUAUGAUGCUGAGUGAAAAGAUUACUGGAAAAAACAACCUAAUAAUUUAUAACAAAAAUGAUAAGAACUACUUGUUACAGAUUUUAAAUGAUUCCAUUAAAAAUGGGUUCUGGGUACUAAUUGAGAAUGCUCACCUGAAUAUCCAUCUCAUUCUGGAGAUUGAAAAAUAUAUCGAGGCCUGCAACAUACAGUACUCCAACCCAGAUUUCAGAAUCUGGAUCAGCACCAGCUCCGUCAAGUCCUUCCCCGACUACCUCCUCAAGCUCUGUGUGAAGGUCACCUUCGAGAAUGUGCACAAUUUGAAGUCGGGGCUGCUCAACAUUUAUACGAACGUCGCGCAGGAGGAGGAGGAGGAGGAAGAGGAGGAGGAAGAAGAAGAGGGAGAAGAGGAGGAGGAUGGAGAAGCGGGGGAAGAAGCGGAGGAAGAAGAGGACGAAGAAGAGGACGAAGAAGCGGACGAAGAAGCGGACGAAGAAGAGGACGAAGAAGCGGACGAAGAAGCGGACGAAGAAGAGGACGACGAAGCGGACGAAGACGCGGAGGAUGACGGGGAGUUGGGCAAGGAGAAUCGCCUACCGUCCGACCCGCUCGGUGGACGGCCCCCCCGAUGCGGAACCCCGCGCAAAGGCAUCAUCGACAUUGGCGCCAAGUGGGGCGAAAAAGGCAGCCAAAAUAGGAGCGAAAGGAAGAACCAAAAUAGGAGCGAACGGAAGAACCAAAAGAGGAGCGAGCGGAAGAACCAAAAGAGGAGCGAAAGGAAGAACCAAAAGAGGAGCGAAAACGAAAACAUCCUGAUGAACAAACUGAACUUCAGCCUCUGCUUCUUCCACGCGCUCAUCCAAGAGAGAAGCAAAUUCAAAAACAAAGGAUUUAAUAACUGUUACGAGUUCACAGACAUCGAGCUAAAAUUGUCCAAGGAAAAUAUCAUCAAAUUUUUCAAAAACAAAAAUAUAGACAUAAAUCUAUUGCUUUACCUUAUUGGUAAUAUUAUUUAUGGUGGUACCAUAAUAGACGUAACGGAUCAGAGAUGCUUUAACAUAAUCCUGAAUAAAUAUGUAAAUGAAAAGGUCAUUUAUUCAAACAAAUAA